AUGAUUAACAAUGGCUAUGACGCCACGCUCUCAGCCCAACUUGGUGGUUUCGACCCAUUCAUGCUCAUGGGACUGAGUACCUUGGGCAUGAUGGCUGUCGGAUGGCUCAUUGGACCUAUUUUCGGCAACCAGGUUUUCAAUCUGGCUUAUAGGGGUGUGCUUGGCGAGUUCACGCGGAAAGAUUCGGCCUUCUUUAACCGUAUCAAGCGCCACCGCGUUGAUCCCACAGCGUCUUCAUUGGCGAAUCCACCCCCGGAUUACUACGGCGAGAAGAUUGGCAGCGUUGCUGGUUACAGACGUUGGUUGAAGGACCAGCGCGCAUUCAACCUCAAGACGGGCAGAUACCGGGCCACCAAGGCUUUGUAA